UGGGGAUGGGUCUUGUAUAUAACUUAGCCCCCGGGCGUGAUUCCUUAUUUCUCGAUCCGAAAAUCUGUAUAAUAUUCUCCUCCAUUGUUAGCAGAAAAUCGCCGCCAUGGAUUCCCAGAGCCUAUUCAACGUCAAGGGCAAAGUGGUGCUGGUCACCGGAGGAGCCAAAGGCAUUGGUCGCAUGAUUUCCGAGGGAUAUGUAACCAACGGAGCUACAGUCUACAUUUCGUCCCGGGACGCAAAGGCUUGUGAAAAGGCCGUGGGCGAGCUCAAUGCGCUCGGAAAGGGAAAAGCGUACGCCAUCCCUGCCGAUUUCUAUAAAGAAGAAGACGUUAAAAGGCUUGCUGAAGAGCUCGCUAAACGCGAAAGCAAACUCCACGUCCUUGUUAACAACUCCGGCUCUAACUGGGGUGCCCCUUAUGACGAGUACCCAUCCGCUGCCUGGACCCGAGUCCUUACCCUGAACCUUCAUCGUGUUUUUGACCUUACUAAGCUCGUCACACCCUUACUCGAGAAGGCUGCAGCGCCCAAUGAUCCCGCUAGGAUCAUUAACAUUGGCAGUAUCGAUGGCCUGAGGGUCCCUUCGCUGGAGACUUACGCAUACAGCGCCAGCAAGGCUGGCUUGCAUCAUCUGAGCCGGGUGCUAGCGAACCACCUAGGACGGAGGAAUAUCACAUCUAAUACCCUUGCCUGCGGCCCAUUCGAGAGUAAGAUGAUGGCCGCCACUCUGAAGACGUUCGGAGACUCAAUCAAGGCUGGGGUUCCCCUCGGCCGCAUUGGUACUCCGGAGGACGUUGCAGGAUCUUGCCUGUUUCUAAGCAGCCGCGCAGGCGCGUACAUCAACGGAGCAACAAUCACUGUAGAUGGAGGUAGUCAUCUUGCUGCUAAGAUGUAAGCAAGCUAGACAUCAUACUAGACUUGCACCAUAUUCUCAACGCCACAAGCUGUCUCCUGUCUUAUUGAUCAAGUAGAACAUGUAAGAUGCAGGCUGAUGCCAUAGUGCCAGGCUAUGAUCAUCCUGAAUCAAAUUAAAACAUGAAUCAAGAGCGUAGCACAAGGGUGCCGUACCAUCCUCGACUGUAGUUGACGGCGAACCUCUGGGGAUAUUCACUCAACCACUUGUUCCCAAUUAAUUCUGUCGCUGGUCCUCCCUGCUGUUACAGGCUCUAUAUGAAGGGAUUCAUAGUUUCUCAAUCUGACAGUUGAAGACCAGCCGGCACAGAUUGGCUUCCUAGGAUACAUUUCUUUGAAUCAGUAUUAGGUGCUUCGAAUAGUUUAUCUUU